AUGGGGAAUCUUCUUAUCUUCAUGGCCAUAGCCUUCGACCAUCACCUUCAAGCCCCAAUGUACUUCUUCCUGAUUAAUCUGUCCGUCUUAGACCUUGGCUCUAUCUCUGUCAUUGUCCCCAAAUCCAUGACCAACUCCCUCAUGAACAUCAGGUCCAUUUCCUAUUCUGGAUGUGUUGCCCGAGUCUUAUUCCUCCUCUUCUUGGUGGGAGUGGAUUUUUCCAUUCUCACCGUGAUGGUGUAUAACCGAUAUGUCACCAUCUGCCAACCACUGCACUAUGAGACAAUAAUGAACAGCAGAGCUUGUGUCCAAAUGGUAGCUGGUGCCUGGAUCAGUGGGAUUCUCUACUCUGGGCUACACACUGGGAACACAUUUGCAUUGACCUUCUGUGGAGGCAACAUGGUGGAUCAGUUCUUCUGUGAAAUCUCCCAGCUGCUGAAGCUCACCUGUUCUGUCUCAUAUCUGAGUGAAACUGGGGUUCUUGCAUUUAGUGUGUGUUUAGUCUUAGACUGCUUUGUUUUUAUCAUUUUGUUGUAUGUUCAGAUCUUCAAAUCAGUUCUCAAGAUCCCCUGUGAGCAGGGCCAGCAUAAAGCCCUAUCUACCUGCCUUCCUCACCUCACUGUGGUCUCCUUGUUUGUUUUCACUGGGGCCUUUGCCUACCUGAAACCCACCUCCAGCUCCCCAUCUACUCUGGGUCUUGUGGUGGCAAUUAUCUAUUCCGUAUUGCCACCAAUCAUGAAUGCAAUCAUCUAUAGCAUGAGGAACAAAGAGAUCAAAGCUGCCCUGAGGAGACUGACUGGCUAUAAAUAA